CGAAAGAAGAGGUAACCGUUUAAUAGACGGUACAACAGUUGACCUCCCCAAAUGAUCGGGUGGCGCACAUUUCAGGCCUUAGAAGAAGACGAUAAGCGACUACGAUAUGCUCGCUACGUGUUCAUUGCAGCAGUGAUAUGGUUUGCCUUGGGUCUGACGCUUGCAUUGACUGUGGAACCGCAGGAGAUAGGGGUAGUAUUAGCAGUGCUGCCGGUGCCAGUCUUGAUCUGCUAUCCUGUGUUCAACUGUUGUGUGAGCAUGCAGAUUCAAACUAGGAGAAGAGCCAACCAACGGCGACCUGGGGUGCCACCUACCACACUUCUCAACUUGUAUCCCCAGACCAUUUUUACUACCAACACAAGAGACUCUUUCUCCCCUGGCACGAGUAAUGGCGGAGUGGGCGCUACUUUUCCAGCCGAUCUCCCCACGUACCACGAAGCCAGGUCUCAGCAGUACCCAGUCAUACCAGCUCCAGACGCACCACCACCCCGCCCUGAUACUAACAACGAGCCGCCCCCUCCGUCUUACGAGGAUGCUGUGGAGAAAAAAUAGUUUAAAUUACAUUAUAUAACCUCUCAGAGAUUUUGUAUUGUUCCCUCAUUAAGUCGGUUUCGACAAUGCAGAUGAUUGCAAUUUUGUAAUUCUAUUACAUGUUUAAUGGUUUAAAUAUUUGAAAAUUGUUAUAUAUUGUUGUUAUAUAAUGUAGAUCGUAAAAUGAAAUAAGUAUCAUGAAUGUCACUUUUAUCUGUAUAUUUCGUCGGUUUGCAAUUUGCCGCGGUGCACAUUGGAAGUAAGAGAUAAACAUACUAAAAAUUAUAUUUGAUUAAUUAAAUCUACCUCCGUUUUGUAUUG